UCUCUCUCUCUCUUCCCCUUCUCUCUCUCUCUCCUCUCUCUCUCUAUCCUCGCAAUGGCGGAGGUAGAAGACGAUCCCGGAGGCCCAAAUCACCAAGAAGAGGAGCAAUGGGAGGAGCGAUCCCUAAGCCUCCUCAGAGACUCCAAGAUGGACCAAGAGCUCUCCGCGGCGAAGAAGAAGAAGAAGCCGGCGUCGCGGGGGAAGAAGCACAAGAUGAAGGCGAUGCAGCGGCCGACGGUGAUGACGGAGACCAUCCUCGAGUUCUUCGAAGAGGAUUUGAGGGAGAGCGCCAUCCGGUACCUCAGCAAUUACCUCCUCGAGAAAAGGGAGGAAGAUCUGGAUAAUUACCACCAUGCCGGAUUUUUGAUGUUCAAUUCGUGUGCCACAAUGUGCAUUUUGUUGCAGGAAAUAGUGGUCUUUUACAUGAGGAUGGUUCCUGACAAUCUUGAUGUAAGGCCCAUCAAGCGUCUAGCGAAUGUUCUGACCCUUUUUCAGUGUGUUGCUGCUAAUGAUGAAACAAGAGAGAAGUUUGUCAAUUCUGGUGCUCCGAACUUCUUGAUCCCUUUGAUAUUGUUUGAUAGUGAAAUAGAGAUCUUUGAUUAUGCUCGCUCUGUGGCGCUUUCAGUCAUUGGGAUUUUGUGCCAGGGUAGAGAACCAACAAUUCUCCAGUGGGCUAUCAAAAGUAAUAUAGUAGAAGCUUGUCAUACCAUUAUCCAGAAUGGAAGUGAACUCAAUCAAGUGAUAGCAAUGCACAUUCUUGAGGCUAUACUUCAGGACAGUAUUGGAAUAUCUUAUGUUUGUGAUCCCAUUCAUAAUAGCCUACUCAGUGGAUUGAUGAAAACAUGGGACGACUUGGUUACUCUUCUAGCUGCUGACCAAGAAACUUCUCCUCGACUGCUAUUUCAUGUUAUCAGAUGCUACCUUAUUCUAUGUUCGCAUGACAGGGGAUAUAAAACCGUAAGAAAGAGUCUCCCAGAUGCUAUCACAAACGGUUCCUUCGACAAAAUGACAGAGGAGUUCCCAGUUAUUAGGGCCUUGUUACAUCAGCUUCUCCUCAGUGUUGGACGAGAAGUGGAGGAGCCGUUCUCAUGCGAGCAAGUGCUUCUCCCACUGGCCGAAGGGAAGAACAUUCGACUUCAAACAUGCGCAAGGAGUGCCCUCUCUUCUGAAUCUACGACUCCAAUAUGUUUAGGAAGUGACCGAGUAAUAUUCUUGCCAUCUACGCCCUUCGGAUAAUCCCCUUGGGAGAGAACUACCAGUCUCUUCCAUGUUGUUCCGACGCUGUUUCGUCGUGUGGUUGUAUAGCUUCUUUUUUUUUUCUUUUUUCUUUUUUUCUUCACCCUCACUGUAUAUCAGUUUCUGUGUAAAAUUUCUCAUAGUAGUAGUUUGUACAUAAUACAUCUGGCCUCAAUGUUUCUGUUUCUCGGGGUUUAGAUCUUAAAUUUUGUGACUACGUUUUAAUAAAGGAAUGUACGAAAAAUAUCUUUUCUUGA